CAUGAGCAGACAAUGCUUCUUUGGAACAGAUGGCCGACUCUGUAUGUCCUCACGCCAUCGGAAUUGUGACUUCCAAUGCCAUCAAACAGCCCAAAAAGGAAAAGGUUUCUCUCAAGUCACAUGGAAAGAAUUGUGGUCUGCGAUCUCGGACAGAUGAUAGGCAGAGAUUGCGCCAAUAUGGAGUGUCGUGUGGGGUGUUGGUCUUUCGUCAAGCCACGUUUAUGUGGGCUCCAUAGUUUCUUUCAGUUCGAUCGUCCUAUCACUGCACCUCGUGGUAUUACUGAUCGCCAAUGGCCCCAAAGUCAACAUACCUUAGGGGCCUUUGAAGCUCACAUGAGAAGGCAGAUAUACGCACGGCGAGUCCGGAAAGGAGACAAGCUUUACCAUUCCCAGGCAGGAUAAGCUGCUUCUACUGUUCGCUUGCGCGAGGAAAUACCAACUGGCUGGGGAAAUAUGGUUGCGCACCUGAAGCAUCAUCGGAAACUUUGCCGCACAUCGAAGGGUCCCCCCCCGGAAGUUUUCGACCAUGUGGAGCUCUGUCCCACUCUGCAAAGCAAUAUACUCUCAGCUCUCCGCUUCACCACUCCUGCGUCCUGCAGCAAGGGGGGUCUUGUGGUCCUUUGCUGCUGUGGCUUACGGAUACACAGUUAGUUCCACGGGGUCCAUCCCUUGAACCUUCUUAACCUUGCCCGGCGCCGUGGCUGCCGUACCUGAACGCCACUUCCGUGUGAUUUCCCCAAUAUCACAAGGGAUAUUGGCAUAACAGAAACCCUCUCGCCGCCCCAAGUCGCCCACGAAGAAAUGCUACGACCCAGCCGGGCUGUCUCGGGACCCUGAGCGGACCGACAGUGUAGUCUUGAAUUCAGAUCUCCGAUUGGACCUGCAGACACGCAUAUCCUAUAUUUGUUCACCGUCCCCCCGCGACGACUGGGCGGUUGGAUUCUUUCGUGUUACCUGCCUGCGCGUCGAGCCACCCGCCGAGGACGCGGGAGGUCUGCACUUCGAGGGAUCGAUGGCGACAGGAAAUAUUCCAGGGGACAGCAACGCGCCCGUGGUCCAGAUCCCCUGCAUUGUCUUCUUCGUGGUGACGCCAUGCUUCGUUGCCGCUCGAUUCUGGUCCCGGCACAACUCAAACUCGUCUGUUGGCUGGGAUGACUGGUGCUGCCUUCUCUCCUGGAUCUUCUGCGCGCUCGUGUCGGGACUCAUGCUUGGCUCUUGCGCUUAUGGAUUUGGGCAACACAUCUACAACCUUUCUCCUGAAAACAAGCUCAUGGCUCUGAAACUGUUCUUCGUGGCACAGAUAUUCUACAAGCUUACUAUGAACCUGACCAAGAUUUCGAUUCUACUCCUCUAUAUGCGUAUCUUCGCCGUCUUUACAUGGUUCCGCUGGAUUGUUCGAGUGCUCAUUAGCAUAGUGACAGCAUACAUGAUCGCGGCGUUCUCUGCAUCGGUGUUUCAGUGCACUCCGGUGGCAAGAGCAUGGGACAAAACCAUUCCGGGGACUUGCAUCAGUAUCGAAAAGAGCUGGUACGCCAACGCAGGCUUCUCCAUCGCCACUGAUAUGAUCAUUCUGCUUCUUCCUAUCCAACCGAUACUGUCUCUCAAGCUUCCAAUUGGUGAGAAAGUUGCAGUUAUGGGCGUGUUCGUUCUCGGUGCAUUUGUCACGUUGACCAGUAUUCUUCGCAUGCAAACAUUGACUUUCUCCUCCACAAGCCCAGACACGACUUACGACAUUGCAUCGUCCAUGUGGACAAUAAUAGAAGACAACACGGCCAUCAUCUGCGCUUGUCUACCAAUGUGUAAACGAGCUCUUGCUGUCGUCUUCCCCUGCCUGGCGUUCGAGCGCCAUCGCAACUACAACAACAAACUGUCAUACGAGACCGGCGGAAGUCGCAGUCAAGGCAGCCGCAUCCAGGGCAGCCGCCCUCGCGGCAGGUGGACGCAAUUCUUCGACGGGUCUGCGAAGCUGUUUGAGGGAUCUGCAAGCAAGCGCCCCUCGGUCCUGAUCCUGGACCCCCGCCAGGUGUCGACUCUCUCACAGGCGUACACCGGGUCCACCCCAAGCGAGGAGUUCAUCAUGUCCCCCGUGCACGACAGAAAACGGGCCGAGUCAGUGGGUGAUGAGGAAUCGGGUGCCAUCCGCAAGGUCACGCGGUACGAGGUCGCUUACGACGAUGUCCCAAUGCCGCGAUUCAAAUGAUGAAACCAUGUAACGUACAUAAUGCAAAGACUGGUCUUUCGGUUCCCUUUUGGAUGUGAGACGUUUCUUGGAGCUCAGACCGUCAAAUCGAGUAAUUUGUCUCAGGUACGAUUAGGAAGACCUGUCAAGAGUGUG